AGCGAUCAGCAGCUCCUGCCCUGAGGGGCCUCAGUCAGGCUUCCUUCUCCCUUGGGCAGGGCCUCCUUCCCUGGAGUAAGAGGACUCUCCCUAGUACUUCAGUACUUCGUUAAUUGCAGUCCUCGUUCUGCUCUGUUGUCUGUGAGGGAGUGGCUGGCCUGGUUCCAGACCCACCUGAUUAGUUAGCUUCACCCCUUUUGGAACGAGUCACGUUUCUCUUCCCUGGUGCUGUGUCCCACCAUGACUCCGUCUCUCUCUGCCCUGGACCCUUCGCCUUCGCCCUCCAUUCCUUAGCUGCUGAGUGGGCACUUUCUCGUCUCCAUGGGGUGGGAACAAACCAAGGUUGUCUUGUCCUGUCCCUUCCAGCUGCAUGCAUGUGAGCGCGCACACACACACACACACACAACCCAACUCUAAGGCCAGGCCCGCAGCAGCUCAGGCAGAGGGCCUGGGACGCCAGGAUCACUACCUAGUGGUUGGCUGGGCCUGGCAGGAGCUGGCCAAGGGCACGGCACCAGGUAGAGAGGGAAGAGGGUAAGCUGCAGGCUCAACUGAGCCGACCUCCUGCCCGAAGGAGGGCCCACCUGCUCCUGCAGUGUCUUUGCUUCUGUCUGUGAGUAGGAAGAAUAGGGCAGCAAGUGUGAGUUUGGCUCUGAACAGAAAGGGGUCUUGAAGCACCUUGUCAGGAUGAGCGACUCUGGUGAGAUAGGUGAAGACACCUGCCUGGGAGAUGUUAGCUAGAACUUUUGGUGGGACCGUGGUGAGACCGUCUUUCCUGGAACUCUUGGUAAUGGCUGCCACUCCGUGCCUCCCCUCUGACAUUAAACGAAGCCUUCCCUGGAAGUGGAGGAGCCGGGGCAGACAAGAUGACCCAGUGGUGGCUGGCUGACGCACUCAUCCAUUGUUUGUAGGUUCGCUGUGAGCCUGCUGUCCACAUAGGUGGAGGCAGUUUAUGGACUUGGGGUCACUUCAAACCCUGCCUCUGCCACUCAGUAACUGGGUACCUUAGCUUAGGUAAUUUGUUCACCCAAGCUUCAGGUCCGUCAUUUAUAAAAUGGGGAGAAUAAUAGUAUUAGCUCACGUGGUUGUGAAGAUUCAAGUGAGAAUGUGUUCAUGGUCCACUUAGAUUCUUGUCUUACCUACUGUCAUUAUCCCAGGAGCCCUGAUGGCGCAGUGGGUCAGCACUCAGCUGCUAACCGAAAAGUUGUCUCUUCCAACCCACCAACCACUGCGCAGGAGAACAGGACUGGCGAUUUGCUUCCCUAAAGAUUAACAACCUAGGAAACCGGAUUGGUGGGCAUCACCAUCUGCCCUAAAGCAAAUGCAGAAGAAACAGAUGUAAGCCGUUUCCUUUGGGAUUUAUGUAAGACUUAAGAAAAGGCUUCCACACUUUGGAAUUUGGAAAACACUGAGCUGAGCAGGUGAGGGGCCUUUCCUGAAGGUCUAUAAUGGGUGCUGCUGAAAGGCUCAGGAAAGGGUUUCCUGUGCCUGCGAGGGUUAGGGGAGCCGUGUCUCAAAGCAGGAGGGUGUAUGAGAUGGGGCCUUGCCUACAGUGGCCCCUUGCUUCGACCUCAUGGGCACCUUGUCCCAACUUAUCACUCAGAAACCCAGAGCCUCCCCAAAGACUGCAGACUAGUCUGGGUCCCCCAAAAGGAUCAAAAGAAAACACUAGAAGAUGAUAUAUGUGCCUCUGUUCCUGGAGCCUCAGGAAUCCAAACAGACAUCAGCAGUACUAAUGUGAACCCUGGACCAGGGGGGCUAGGAUAGGGCUUGUGAGGGGGACAGGAGGGCCAUCUGUAGGCAUCAAGGCCAGGGUCUGAGCCUUGACCCCUACAGUGAGGAUCUGGGAUCUGCCCCUGAGUGAUGGGAGCCUGUGAGGGGGGGUGCCAGGGCCUACCCAGCCUCUUCCUCCAGGCCUCUGAGACUUCAACUCGAUGCUUGUUUGGUUUGAAACUCUCAUGAGCAGUUUCCCACCCUGACUCCAUCCCUCACUGGUGUGGCAGCAGCCAGCCCAGGGACCUCCACGGAUCUCACCUGGGGUGUUGCUGCUGGGCUGGAAGCUGCCUCCUCUGCCCCAACCCACCAUCCCCCCACUGCCAUCUGGGACCAAGAGCUGGGCUGGAAGAGGAGGCUAGGUGUCCAGCUGAGGCCUCUCCCACACCCCAGAACCUUGAGUCCAAUGAACAAACACUGUCCCCUGGAGUCCUCCAGCCUCUGAAGAGCUCCUGGAAGCAGGAGUUCACAGCUCUCAUGGAUUCACUCGCUGAUCAUUUGAGGGUUCUCUCUGCCAGGCCCUGUGGCAGGCGCUGAGGGUGUAAUGAUGAAUCAGACCUAAUCCUUCCCUUGAAACGCUCACGGGCAAACAAGGGAACUAGACAAACAGUGACAGCAUGCGGAGCCAUGCGCUCUGCUUGGGAAGCCUGGAAUGCUGUGGUGGCACAGAGGAGGGACCCUCAAAUACCUGACUGGGGACACAGAGUUGCAGCUCCAGGAGACGUGAGAGGCAUCGUGGAAGGCGUCUCGGGCGAGGUAACACCUGCCUUGAGCCUUGCUCAUGAGUAACAGUUUGCUGGCAUCUUCUAGUCCCUAGCCCUCUUGCUUUCCUUGCACACCGAGCCUUCUCCUCCAGGCCCGCUGAGACCCAGGAGAACUGAGAGGAAAGAUGUCCUGGUGAGUCCAGGGCUCAGAAGAGGGCAGGGGCCAAGCCAGUCCCAACUGCACUCGAGUCCUAAUUCACCUGUUGCUGUUGAAUCGAUUUUGACUCAUGGUGACCCCACGUGUGUCAGAGUAGAACUGUGCUCCGUAGGGUUGUCAGGGGCUGAUUUUUCGGAAUAGAUUGCCAAGUCUUUCUUCUGAGGCAUCUCUGGGUGGACUUCAACCUCCAAACUUUCAGUUAGCAGCCAAGUAGUUAGCCAUUUGUACCACCUGAAAAAAUUCAAGCCCAUUGCUGUUGAGUUGAUUCUGACUCAUGGCCACCCCACGUGUUACAGAAUAGAACUGCUCCAUAGAGUUUUCUUGGCUGUAAUCUUUACAGAAACAGAUCACCAGGCCUUUCUUCCACAGUGCUGCUCAGUGCCAUUCGAACUGCCAGCUUAGGUUAGUAGUCAAGUACAAACCAUUUGCAUCACCCAGAGACCCUGGCACCAGCCAGGGACUCAAAGCCCUAACUGAAAAACAAAACAAAACAGUUGCCAUCAAGUUGAUUCCCACUCCUGGCAGCUCCUUGUGUGCGGAGUAGAACUGUGCUCUGCAGGGUUUUCAAGGCUGUGAUCUUGUGGAGGCAUAUUGCCAGGCCUUUCUUUUGAGGCACCUCUGGACAGACUCUAACCUCCAAUCUUUCAUUAGUAGCUGAGCACGUUAACCGUCUGCAUCACCCAGGGACUGUAUGGCCUAAUUAGGGGAAGAGAAAUCUAGAAACAGGUCCCUGGCCUGCCUGAAAGUGAAAAGAAGGGAACUGACAUUUAUUGCACACAGACAGCAUGCCCUUGGGAUUUAAAAGUGACUAAGAUACAGUCUCUGACCUCGUGAGGUCUCAUGUUCAUACGUCUGUAGAGGAAAGAGGCGUCAACAAGUAAUUAUGUCACGGGGCGAGAUGGCCUAACUCAGCCAUUUGUUCCUCAUUCCCGUGGACAUUCACUGAGCACCCGGUAGGCUGCUUCAUUAUGUCAGGUGCUAGGGUAACAAAAUUAAGACAGUUCUUGUGCUGAGGGAGAGCACAGUCUACUCACAAGUGGGCACAGCUGCCAUGGAGCAACAGGGAGGAGUCACCGACUUCUACCUGGAGGAAGGAGGUGUGGUCAUGCACGGCUCCCCGGCGGCAGCGAUACCUGACUUUUGAAGUGGUUUGGCCAAGAGGACAGUGAGGAGAGGCAUCCCGGGCCAAGUGAACAGUGUGGGGAAAGCCAUGCUGGGAUUGCCAAGUACGUUCAGUAAAACUGGACCCUCCGUGGACGGGGGAAACUCAAGAAAGAGACACGGACCAAAACACAAGGGGCCUAGUCUGCUGGGCGUGGAGUUUGGACUUUUUCCUGAGGGCAGUUUUAGCGUUGACAGGUUUUAAACAGGGGAGUGACCCCAUCAGAAAGUAAAAUAGAAAGUAAAGCCUAGCAGCCUGGUGGCAACUGAAUUGGAGAUGAGGCAUUACGCCCAUUUAGCAGACAAGCAAGCUGAGGCAUGAGGUGUCUUCCCAGAUCACAGUACUAACAAAUGGCUGAACUGGGAUUUCUCCCCUGACACCAAACUGCAGAAACUUUUAGAGAGCAGGCUGGGCAGCAUGUGGCCCUGACUGUUGGACACUGCCAGUCAGGGCGGGGCACCACAGGGCCAAGUGAUCCAUUUGCCAUGAGCAAGAGCCAGUUGGAGCCCCAGACGCUUCACCCCCUCCCAGGCAUCCUGCGGGUUGGACCAGCUUGCUCCUGGAAGGCCUUCCCUACAUUCCAAACAGAAGCGGUUGGAAUCUUCUCUGAGUUCCAACACUAUGUCCAGUGCAUCUGUUCACUGGGAAGUCUGUCGUGUCCUCAGGUUCUGGCUGCCCUGAAGGCUCCAGGCUGGCCACCUCUCAUCCAGGCCGUGGUGGGGCCAAGGAGAGGCCAGGGAUGAGGACCCUGGGCUUCUGCUGCGGUGCGGCCGGAGGGUUGAAGCAGGCGGCCACGGAGCAACUGGUUUCUCCUGAGGUUUGUCUGAAGCUCAGGACACUAAAGCCUCGGGCUGCCCAGGGCAAGGUCAGUUAGAGGAUGAAGGAAGAGAUUGUAUCACAGGCUCCCUGCAGACACAGCUCUCCCUGGGAGGGGAGUGUCUCUGAAGUCUGUGAUCGUGGCAUAGGCAAACUUGGUCAGCCAUGGUCUCUAGUUCCUUUGAAACUCCCCCAAAGGCCCAAAGUAGCGGAGUGACCGAGGAGGGGGCAGGAAGUAGGAGGCAGAGGGUGUCAUAGGAUCCUGGCUGGUGGCCAGCCUUCGAGACUGGGCUCAGACCCUCCUGGCUUCAGAAAGUGGACAGUUGGAAGUGAUAUCCUUCAACUCCUGCCCCUGGGCCCAUCAGGACAGAGACGUAAAACAAGAGGAAACAAAACACAAAGAGGGACUCGGGGAAGCAUCUAACAUGUGCCUGGAACACAGUAGGUGCCUGACGCGUGUUUGUGAGGAGACAGGUGUGCCUGCCGGAUGCCAGGCCAGCACUAGGUGUAGAGUCAGAGACCCCCAGGAGGAAGGCAGCAGGUGGAGCCAUCGUGCCCUGGGCUCGGAGGCUCUGACUGUGCUUUCAGGGCUCUGCCCCCCAGGGGAGGAGCAUCCAGUGGUCCUGGGGGGUCGGGAAGCUUCCUAAGGCCCGGGACACCUAAACAGCAUGCAAAGAGUUUCCUGAGCAGAGCCAGUGUGGUAGGAAAUGCGGAGGGCAAAGCUAGAGAGGAAGGAGGGCCUAGCCCUUGGAGGACCCUGUGUACAGGCUGGGGAACCAGUUGCUGUCAACUUGACUCCGACUUACAGUGCCCCCACGUGUGUCAGAGUAGAACUGCACUCCAUAGGGUUUUAAAUGGCUGAUUUUUUGGAAGUAGAUCACCAGGCCUUUCUUCCAAGGCAUGUCUGGGUGGACUUAAACCUCUAACCUUUCAGUUAGCAGCUGAGCAUGUUAACUGUUUGUGCCACCCAGGGACUGUGUAGCCUGGGGAGGGAGCCAUUUUUCAGGAGGAAGGCAAGGGGGCAUAUCAUGAGCGUUUGCUGAGGGGAAUCUCAAAGCCCGGAGGUUAAGGAGUGAAGCUGACCCCUUCUGCCCUCCCCAUCAGUCCCCGGUUAGAACCCCUCUGAGGUGGUGGCUACUUCCCAGUUCCCUGAGUACUCUGCCAAAUUCCCCUCUCUGUCUUGAUGGUCUCAGGACCUCCCAGCCCCAGGGCAGGUGCUAGGUGUGGGGCCUGGCAGAGGUUGUCCAGAAGGAGGGGGCAGCAGGGUGCGCUUGUACACUCUCUACCUAGAGGCUGGGCUCCUGGGCUGGCCUGGUCUGCUCUGGGGAUCUUUCUUUCCUCCUGGGACAGGGAUGAGAGUAGUCACCAGGAACCCUGGGUCCCAGCCUCUGUGGCCUGCCAACCUGUGUCAGUUCAUCCUGGCUCUGGCAGAGGGUGGUAAGUAGGGGACCCUGCCUCCUGGCUUUUCCCUCUCAGUCGGUAGUUGAGCCUGCUGGUCACUGACCAUGCUGCCUGCUUCCCAUCCCUUUGCUGUCCUGGGGUCCCCACACGCCUCACUAACCACAAGGACUCUGUGAAGGAUACCUUCAAUGGAGUUUAUCUGGGGCCUCUUUUCUGGCACAUCUUUACGUCCAAGCAAAGGAGAGAAGAGAGCUAACAUUUACAGGGUGCCUUCCUUGUACCAGACCUGUGUGGUGUUACCUCACUCAGCACCUCCACUUGGAUGUCCAUUGGACAUCAAACACUUUAACUCGCCCCAAGCCCAACUCCUGGUCUUCCCACCAAAACCUCCACGCGCUGCGUGCCGCAUCUCCACAGACAGUGCCCCAUCCUUCGGUCGUUUGAUGAUCAUGCUUGACUCUUCUCAGAUAUCUCAUAGACAGUCCGUUUGCAAAGCCCUUUGGCUCCAUCUUCAAGAUAUAUCCAGGAUCUGGCCACUUCUCACCCCCUCACUGCUCCCCACCGGUCCCAGUCACCACCGUCUCUCACCUGCAUCACCAAAAUAGCUUCCUGGCUAGGGUCCCCAUGUCUCCCCUUGCCCACAUCUGGUCUGUUCUCAACACAGCUGCCAGAGUGAGCCUGUUAAGGCUAAGUGGGGUCAUGUCACUCCUCUGCUCAAGCCCUCCCUACCCCAUGAGGUCCUGCACAGCCUGGCUCCUACUCCCCUCUGGCCGCUUCUCCAGCCACUCUGGCCUCUUGCUGUUCCUGGAACACACCAGGCUUGCUUCUGCCUCAGGACCUUUGCAUCUCUGCUGACCCACUUGCCCAAGAGUCCACAUGACUAGCGCCCUCACUUGCUUGGAAUCUUCCAUCAGAUGUCCCCUCCUCAGGAAGGCCUUCCUGCUUGGACUCUUCCCUCAGGUGUCCCCUCCUCAAGAAGGCCUUUCUGCUUGGACUCUUUCCUCAGAUGUCCCCUCUUCAGGAAGGCCUUUCUGCCUGGAAUCUUUCCUCAGAAGUCCUCUCCUGAGGAAGGCCUUCCUGCUUGGGUUCUUUCCUCAGGUGUCCCCUUCUCAGGAAGGCCUUUCUGCCUGGAAUCUUUCCUCAGAUGUCCCCUGCUGAGGAAGGCCUUCCUGCUUGGAAUCUUCCCUCAGGUGCUCCCUCCUCAGGAAGGCCUUUCUGCUUGGACUCUUUCCUCAGAUGUCCCCUCUUCAGGAAGGCCUUUCUGCCUGGAAUCUUUCCUCAGAAGUCCUCUCCUGAGGAAGGCCUUCCUGCUUGGGUUCUUUCCUCAGGUGCUCCCUCCUCAGGAAGGCCUUUCUGCCUGGAAUCUUUCCUCGGAUGUCCUCUCCUGAGGAAGGCCUUCCUGCUUGGAAUCUUCCCUCAGGUGUCCCCUCCUCAGGAAGGCCUUCCUGCUUGGAUUCUUUCCUCAGGUGUCCCCUUCUCAGGAAGGCCUUUCUGCCUGGAAUCUUUUCUCGGAUGUCCCCUGCUGAGGAAGGCCUUUCUGCCUGGAAUCUUUCCUCGGAUGUCCUCUCCUGAGGAAGGCCUUCCUGCUUGGAAUCUUUCCUCGGGUGCCCCCUCCUCAGGAAGGCCUUUCUGACCUCUUACACCCCAGCCCUCUUUCCUGCUCUAUUCUUCACUGCACUUGCCACCCUCUGACGUACUGUAUAUUUUUCUGUUUAUUUUGUUUAUUGUCUGUUACCUCCCCUCACUAGAAUGGGAACACCCUGAGGGUGGGCUUAACGUCUGUUUCAUUCACCACUGGCUUUUCAGGACCUAAAACAGUGCCCUGGUAGCACAGCGGUUAAGCGCUUGGCUGCUAACCAAAAGGUUGGCAGUUCGAACCCACCCAGUGGCUCCACAGGAGAAAGACCUGGCAAUCUGCUCCUGUAAAGAUUAUAGCCUAGGAAACCCUAUGGGGUAGCUCUACUCUGUCACAUGGGGUUGCUAUGAGUUGAAAAUUGACUCCAUGGCACCUAACAACAAAACAGUGCCUGACGUGUAGUAGACGUUCAAUGCAUAAUUGUUGAAUGAAUGACUAGGACCAAGGUCAGGAGAGAUUAUAUAACUUAAUUGAGCUCACACAGCUAGAAAGUGGCUAAGCCAGGAUUUCUGCUAUGACACCAAACUGCAGAGAAUUUUAGAGAGCAGGUGCUAGUGGUAGUGCUGGGAUUUGAACCUGGAUCUGUGUGGCUUUAAGCUCAGGGUGGGAGAGGGAAGCAGCCAAGGAGUGGAGGAGGCUGGAGGAGAACACAGGAGGGGUAGGGCCGGGAGGGUUCCAGUAAGGAGAAGAAGGAAACACCAUGGUCUUAAAUUUGGUGUGCUUGGAAGCAACCAGGAAAUUGAUGUGGGAUUUUGAACAAGUCCGGAGCCUCAGUGUCCUUGGGCGUAAAGCGAGAGGCUGGAAUGGAUGAUGUGUGAGCGCCCUCCCUUCUGCCUUACUGGUCGCACAGGGGCCUGGGGCAGGUGCUCCAUGUCCCACAGGUCUCUGGUGGCCUGGCUCCUCCACCAGUGCCACCCAUUCUCUGGCAUCAGCAGGAAGUGCUGGGCAGCUGGUGUGGGCUCAGGAGGAAGUGAGGGGUGGCUGGCGUGGGCUCAGGAGGAAGUGAGGAGCGGCUGGUGUGGGCUCAGGAGGAAGUGCUGGGCGGCUGGUGUGGGCUCAGGAGGAAGUGGCGGGUGGCUGGUGUGGGCUCAGGAGGAAGUGCUGGGCCGCUGGUAUGCGCUUAGGAGGAAGUGCUGGGCUGCUGGUAUGCGCUCAGGAGGAAGUGCUGGGCCGCUGGUGUGGGCUCAGGAGGAAGUGGCGGGCUGCUGGCUGAGAGCUUUACAGGCUUACCUGGGCAGUGGGGCAGGAGGGAACGCCUGGUUGGGGGUCUGCCUGCCACCCACCUGGCACCUCCUAAGGGGGACUCUGCUCCUUUAGUGCCUGCCUGCCCCGGCCAGGCCAGCAUCCUUGGAUGCCCAUCUCCCGCUACCCCUGGCACCAGUUGCACGGGGACAGCCCCAGAUGGCUCCCUGGCCUGGGGACAAAGGCCACGCUGUACCCGACCCUGGGCUGGGUCACAGUGAGCCUUUCUGUCUCCGGUUGUGGGGUGAGGGGCAGACGGCACCAAGGUGACAGGCCUUUUUUCCUGGCACCCUUUCCCCACAACCCCCCAAAUCUGAGGAGCUGACUCUCCCAGGCGGAAAGUGACAGAAGGCAUCUUGUGUCUUGAGCUAGGGAACAACAGAGCAUUCACUGCCCAGGCUGCCCUGUCACACCCAAGACCCUGCCGGGUUCAAUGCCCUGACUGUCCCCAGCAGAGAGGCGUCCACUCUCUGCUGUGGCCGCCACUCCCAGCCGCCUGCUCCCUGUCACCAUCAAGAAGUCCAUCCCUACAUCUGAUCUCCAUCCCGCCUGCUACAGUGACAGCCACUUCCUCUUGGCUCUCCUGGGACGUGGGUGGAGAGCAGCUGGUCCCCGUCCCUCUGCGUCCCUUGGCCCGUGCUCUUGCCCCAGUCAGCUGCCCCCAGUCUCACCCUUCCUCCACUCCCUGCCCUACCUGCACUCCAGGAGCAAGCUGGUGGCUCCUUGCUUCUCACUGACUUCUAGGGAGAGCAGGUGUGAUUCAGGGCCAGUUCCCCUUUGUCUCUCAGAAACUGGGGGCCCCCCUCCCAGGAGGUUUGUAGUGAGCUCUCCUCCUCCCUCCCCCACAGUGACAGCCAGGGCAGGAAAUUUAUGGCCACUGCUAGUGGCCAUCCUGUAAAUCCCAGAGUGCAGGAUGGCUUUAUGUGGAAGCCCUGCUCUUAGAAGGGGGCGUGGCUGACCCCUCCUAGGCAUAGCUCAGGCCCGUUACCCCUCCCUGUGCCCCCCCCAAAAAACUGGGAUGCCCACUGCUGAGCCCAGGAGGCAUCAGUAUGUGCAUACAUGUACCUGUUUCCAGGUGAGAGGCAUUUCCUUCCCUUCUUUGGUGAGGGGUAUCUUCCACCCCACUCAGCUUACUCUCUCCCCCCACCCCCUCUCUGGCUCUGAGAGGACCCCACUUAAGCCCAGUAACCAGGAGACGGGCAAUCUGGAAACCUGGGCAGAGCACCAUCCAUUAUCUGGACCUCCGGUGGUUCUCAGCCAUGACUCCGUGUCCACAUCACUGGGGAUGCUCUUAAAAAACGCAUGCUCCCAGGCACCAUCCGCAGAAUCUCAGUCCUAGUAUCUGAGGGGGAGGCCCAGGAAUCUGGAUUUUUUUUACAACACCUCCGCCCCUGGAAGUUCAGCCAAAUUUGAAAACAAAUUCAUCUGUAUAAUGGGAACAUCUCCGGUCUCCUGUCAUGCUGUGAAGGGGUCACCCAGGUAGGGUCUGGGCCCCUUUGGGCUGGACAGAGAGUGUGAGGCAGGCUGGCUGCCUCUGAGGCUCCUGUUUCAGAGUCCUGCAGAUGGCUGGCCGAGACCUCCCCCAGACUGUGGGGGAGCAGCGGAGUUGACUGCUGGCAGGAAUGAGUUCAGGGAUAAAGAAUCAGGGAGGCUGGUGGGCUUUGCCAAGGAAACUGGAAGAGGAGCUGUCAGCUACCCUCUCAUCAGCCUGGAAGGCAUCUCCAAGGACACACCACCGGACGCUGAAUUCCUUGAGAAUAAACUGGAAAACCAAACCAACUGCCAUCGAGUUGACUCCAACUCAUGGAGACCCCAUGUGCGUCAGAGUAGAACCGUGCUCCACAGGGUCUUCGAUGGCUGUAAUCUUACGCAAGUAGAUCACCAGGCCUUUCCUCUGUGGCACUGCUGCCUCUAACCUUCGGGUUAGCAGCCUAGCAUGGUAACUGUUCGCAUCACCCAGGGACUUCUCCUUGAGAAGAGGGACCAUGUUUUACUCUCCUCUGUAACCCCAGUGCCUAGCAUAAUGCCUGGCACAUAGUAGGUGUUUGUUGAGCUGAGCCGAGUGAGGCAGAUGGAGUUUGGCUGGCAGUGCAGGCCAGUGGCCUCUCAUCUGAGGGACACCAACCUGAGUUCAGACAGACAGCCUGGCUGUACCUCAUCCCUGACCUCUGGGGAGCCAGAGGGCCACAGCUUAGCUGCGUCUGGGGGCAGCCAGGAGCCUGCAGGCCAGGGAAGCCCCUUCCACCCCCGGGCUGGCUGAGGACAGAAGGAUGUGAUCACUGAGCAAAGCAAACUGACCCAUAAUCUCUUAAACCAGGAGGAUCCAGGAGGGGUCUUGUUGCCUUGGCAACUGGGUGCUGGCCAGUGACAGGGCUGAGAGCAUCCUCCAGCAGUGGGCUGUGCCUGGUGCAUCGGCAAAAGCUGGGAGCUGGUGCAUGAUGGCAUCCUCCCAUCACAGGCUCCUGGUGCCUUGUCAACAGGCGUGGGUGGGAGCCCUUAGGAGGCCUCUUGGUCCAGCCCUACUGCAACUGAGGAUGGUGGGCAGAGCAGGAUGGGGGUGGCUGCAGUGGGAGCUGAGGAAACCACGGAGGGGAGGGGCAUGCAGCAGGACAGCCCUGCUCUGGGUUUUCAGAGCAAGAGAGAGAAGGAAGGUCUGCAAGAAGAGGCCUUUGUACACAGCAUGUCACCCCUCUCAGAGGUCAGGAGGAGCCCGCAGAGAUGGGACCCCACUGGCUGGGGAAGGGGCCCUGAGGAACCUGGGCCUGAUGACCAUGAACAAGGUGAAGAACUUCAAGCGCCGGUUCUCCCUGUCAGUGCCCCGCACCGAAACCAUCGAGGAAUCCUUGGCCGAAUUCACGGAACACUUCAAUCAGCUCCACAACCAGAGGAAUGAGGACCUGCAGCUCGGUCCUCUUGGCAGAGAUCUGCAGCCAGAGUCCAGCACCAUCUCCCCCACAAACAGUGGGGAGGAGCCCGGGCCGCCGUCCCCUGGCACGCAGUGCCGGCAGCAGAACCAGCGCCGUUUCUCCAUGGAGGACAUCAGCAAGAGGCUAUCUCUGCCCAUGGACAUCCGCCUGCCCCAGGAGUUCCUGCAGAAGCUGCAGCUGGAGAGCCCAGACCUGCCCAAACCGCUCAGCCGCAUUUCCCGCCGUGCUUCCCUGUCAGACAUCGGCUUCGGGAAACUGGAAACGUAUGUGAAACUGGACAAGCUGGGGGAGGGCACUUACGCCACAGUCUUCAAAGGGCGCAGCAAACUGACAGAGAACCUGGUGGCCCUGAAGGAGAUCCGGUUGGAACACGAAGAGGGGGCACCCUGUACUGCCAUCCGAGAGGUGUCUCUGCUGAAAAACCUUAAGCACGCCAACAUUGUGACCCUGCAUGACCUCAUCCACACGGAGCGGUCCCUCACCCUGGUGUUUGAGUACCUGGACAGCGACCUGAAACAGUACCUGGACCACUGUGGGAACCUCAUGAGCAUGCACAACGUCAAGGUUUUCAUGUUCCAGCUGCUUCGGGGCCUCGCCUACUGCCACCGCCGCAAGAUCCUGCACCGGGACCUGAAACCCCAGAACCUGCUCAUCAACGAGAGGGGGGAGCUGAAGCUGGCCGACUUUGGACUGGCCCGGGCAAAGUCAGUGCCCACAAAGACCUACUCUAAUGAGGUGGUGACCCUGUGGUACCGGCCUCCCGAUGUGCUGCUGGGCUCCACGGAGUACUCCACCCCCAUCGAUAUGUGGGGCGUGGGCUGUAUCCUCUACGAGAUGGCCACAGGGAGGCCCCUCUUCCCAGGCUCCACCGUCAAAGAGGAGCUGCACCUGAUCUUCCGCCUACUUGGGACUCCUACAGAAGAGACGUGGCCAGGUGUGACAGCGCUCUCAGAGUUCCGAACCUACAACUUUCCCCAAUACCCUCCCCAGCCGCUCAUCAGCCACGCUCCCAGGUUGGACACUGAUGGCAUCAGCCUCCUCACCAGCCUCCUCCUGUAUGAAUCCAAGUGUCGUAUGUCAGCAGAGGGGGCCCUGAGCCAUGCCUACUUCCGGUCUCUGGGCGAGCGUGUGCACCAGCUGGAAGACACUGCCUCCAUCUUCUCCCUGAAGGAGAUCCAACUCCAGAAGGACCCAGGCUACCGGGGCCUGGCCUUCCAUCAGCCAGGACGAGGGAAGGGCCGGCGGCAGAGCAUCUUCUGAGCUGAGCACCCUGCUGCAGCCGAGAGGUGAGAGGUUACACCAAGCACAGAAGGAGAAUGGGGCCUGCGCCCCCUCAGAGGACUCACCUCGGAGGACUGAGCAAUAAGGGCUGACAGCUGCCCAGAAGGCAGCGUGGCAGCCCUGCUGGCCACAUGCCUCCCUGUUACUUUCGCCUGGGCACCAACCCCUCUGUCACACUCACUGGGGCUGGGCACGAGUGCUUCCCUGGCAGGAGGUGAGGGGUGGCUUCGGACCCUUUCCCACCCUGAAGUGCUUAGGCACCAGCGUGGGGCCCACACAGAGAAUGCAGGUGCCAGGCUGAGCACCGUGCCUGGACAGGAGCCACCGUGCCUCCCCUCCUUCAUCACCUUCUUCCCCUCUGAGAGCAAAGGGACAUGGCACCUCUUAUGGGGUCCCCGAAUCCUGGUGCCGAUGUGUGUGCCAAAUCCCACCCUCCACCUGAGGGGCUGGUGUCCCCAAACACCAGAAGAAAUGGUAGCCCCAUACCUCUUCUCAUCAUCCCCACCUGCUCCCCCUGCCCGCAACUCAUCAGAGCCCUCAAACACCCUCAGGCUUGAACCAAGGCUGGGUGGCACUGGAAUGAUGACAGACGCCCAGGUGGACCCAGUGGUGGCCCGAUCCUGCCAGCUGCACUCACAGUCCCCAUCCUAUCCCCCCAGUCUGAAUGGAAUUGCCUUAAGUCAGGAAGUGGUAGAGAGUUCCCUGCCCUUGAAGCUUUGACCGAGCUCCUACAUGCCCCCCUUCCUGAGGGUGACUCCUGCUUAUCACCCCUGAGCUCUGAUAAGCCAGCCCUGGCCCCCAGAUAUGCAGUGUCACCCUGACGCAGGUGACAGGCCGCCUCACCUGCCUUGGCCCCUUAAGACUGGCGCAGCCUCCCCCA